UUAUCAGUUUAUAUCCACUAAAAUAAUUGCAUUUCCAUGUUCUGUGUACCGUGGGAGACCAGAUAUAGUGAAUGCAGGGUCCGGGGAGAGCGGAUAUAAUGAAUGCAGAGUCCGGGCAGACCGGAUAUAGUGAAUUCAGGGUCCAGGGAGACCAGAUAUAGUGAAUACAGGGUCCGGGGAGACCAGAUAUAGUGAAUGCAGGGUCCGGGGAGACCAGAUAUAGUGAAUGCAGGGUCCGGGGAGACCAGAUAUAGUGAAUGCAGGGGUCUGGGGAGACCAGAUAUAGUGAAUGCAGGGUCCGGGGAGACCAGAUAUAGUGAAUGCAGGGUCCGG